GACCAACUGAUUCCAUCCGAGGUUACACCCGACGCCAGACGCAGACGCCGACGAGGGCAACAAGAGAGAGCCCACUUCCGCCUGCAGCCAACCAAGUAGCAGUCACACUUUGCACUCCAACCACACACCUUUCGUUCCUUCCCAGCACCGCGCUAUGUUCCGCUUGGUAGCCACGCAGAGCCUCGCUCCGCAGCGGCUGGCCAGGUUCGUGAUCGGCUCGGAAUUGCCUUCCUUCUUUGCCAAACGCGUGCGUGUCGCGUCAUUCGGCUCGGCGGCAGCCUUUGCUCGUGCGGCCGAGGCUGCCGCUGGCUCCAACACCGCAUCUAACAUGUCCGGCGAUGCGCCGUGGAUGGGCGCUGCACCUGAGCGCGACGCAUGCUGGUCUUGCGGCUCAGGCGUCGCCCAGAGCGCCAGCCUCACGUGCGGCUCGUGCGGCUCGGUCCUUCCGCUCCCCGACAAGGAGCCUGACCUCUUUGCCGUCCUCGGCCUCCCACGAACGUACAAGGUCGACACCGGCCGCCUAGAGACAGCGUUCAAGAAGGCGCAGCGGGCCAUGCAUCCCGACCGCUUUGCCGCCGCAGCCGGGCCCGAGGAGACGUACGCCUCGCAAGCCUCGGCCCUGUGCAACAAGGCUGUCGGUGUCCUCCGCGACCCGAUCGAGCGGGCCAUGUACCUCCUCGCCUCGUCGGGCUAUGACCUGGAAGAAAUGACUCUUGCCGAUGAGCCCGAGCUCCUUAUGGAGGUGCUUGAGGCCCAAGAGGAGGUCGCCGAGGCCACGGACCUCGACUUGCUGCACCAGCUGCAGGCCCAGGCCGAGGCCCGAUGCGCCUCCACAGAAGCCGCCUUUGCCGCCCUCAUCGACGGCCCAUCUGAUAACUUGCCUGCUGCCCAGCGCAAGGCCAUCGAGAUGAAGUACUGGAACAACAUCCGCGAGGCCGCCAAUGACCACAUUGCCCGUCUCGAGAAGCGCUCGUACUCGGACCGCGUGUGAGGAUGGAGUGCUGUCACACCCUUCAUCCCACCUCCGAUAUCUUGUGUGCGGCCGUCCUGUACCCGGUUGUCACUUCCUUUACAGCGGCGCGCAAACGCCGCCGUCUCAGCACGGCGUGGAGAAUCCCAUUGAAGCUCCCGAUGCCAGCUCUUUCACCACGCUGACUGCGCCUGUAUACGUCAGCAGCGCCGUCGAGAGGCCGAUGACGCCCGCAACAAGAAAGGCAAUAAGCGACUGGGUCCCGGUCCGCGCUACCGCAGCGCGCAGCAAAUACUGGCCGCACAGCGCCGCAACAAAGCCCCAGCCCGCAAACCAGGCCGCGUACGGUAGCGCCAGCUGGCCGAGAACUACAAACUGGGCCACCGUCGCAGACGACGUGAACAUGAUCAUAAAGCCCGAGGUUGCCGUUGACGCGCUCGGCUCCAUACCCA